CCGACGGGCCUCCUCCUGAGCCUCUCUCUCCACUCCAGCCCCCUUCGAGCGACCAUUGCCCCCCAGGCCUCCAGGAAGACUUGUGUCCAGGGAGGGAGGAGUGACUGGAAGGGAAAGAGGCAGCAGGAGAAGCAGAAGCAGCCCCUUCCCUCGCCGCCGCCGCCGCCUCCUUCUUCUCCCCCUCCUUCCCUUUCCCUCUCUCUGCCUCUCUUCCCUUCCAUCGUUUGGCCACCAUUUUGCCUUCCUUCCUUCCUUCCCUCGCUCCCUCCCUCGCCGAAAACGGAGUGGGCUGGGAGCCUUGGCGGCGGCGGGGAUGAGGGGGCGGCGCUGAGGCGGCUACUGAGCGGGCUGAGCCGACAUCUUGUCCCCCCUCCCCCCGGCCACCGAGCCAGCCCCGCCGCCCCGAGGAAGAACCCGCGCCGCCGCCGCCGUGGAGCGCCAGGAAGCGGCCCAGGUUUUCUGAGUUGCUGCUAUGAGGAAACCUCGGAGGAGGUCCCGGCAGACCUUAGAAGGGAGACGUUCUCCUUCACCAUACAGCUUGAAAUGUUCACCCACCCGGGAGACUCUGACAUAUGCCCAGGCUCAGCGAAUAGUGGAAGUUGAUAUUGAUGGGCGUCUCCAUCGCAUCAGUAUCUAUGAUCCUCUAAAGAUUAUCACGGAGGAUGAGUUGACUGCCCAGGACAUCACAGAAUGCAACAGUAACAAAGAAAACAGUGAACAACCACUAUUUCCUUCCAAAUCCAAGAAAACACAAUGUAAAGACAAAAAAAAGGAGACAUGUACAAAACAUUCUCCUGGGACAUCUUUCCAUCUACCACAGCCCAGCUUUCGUAUGAUAGAAUCCUUUAGCCAGCAAGAUGCUCCACCCUUGCCUUCAGCCUACUAUCAGUACAUUGAGAAACUACCUGAGGAUGUUGAUGCUGAAGUGGAAUAUGAUAUGGAUGAGGAAGAUUUGGCUUGGCUUGACAUGGUCAAUGAAAAGAGGAAGAAUGAUGGUUAUGGAUCAAUUUCUGCAGAAACGUUUGAAUUGCUGCUGGAUCGAUUGGAGAAGGAGUCCUACGUGGAGAGCCGUAACAAUGGAAACCAGCAGACUUUGAUAGAUGAGGAUGCUGUUUGUUGUGUUUGCAUGGAUGAUGAGUGUCAUAACAGCAAUGUAAUUUUGUUUUGUGACAUCUGUAACUUGGCUGUUCAUCAGGAAUGUUAUGGAGUCCCCUACAUUCCUGAGGGGCAGUGGCUUUGUCGCUGCUGCCUGCAGUCCCCUUCCCGCCCUGUUGAUUGUGUUUUGUGCCCAAACAAAGGUGGUGCCUUCAAACAGACCAGUGAUGGUCAUUGGGCCCAUGUUGUUUGUGCCAUCUGGAUCCCAGAAGUUUGUUUUGCAAACACUGUGUUUCUGGAACCCAUUGAAGGGAUAGAAAAUAUCCCACCAGCUCGCUGGAAGUUAACAUGUUACAUUUGUAAGCAGAAGGGCAUGGGAGCAGCCAUUCAGUGUCACAAGGUGAACUGCUACACUGCUUUCCAUGUUACCUGUGCCCAGAGGGCUGGUCUUUUCAUGAAGAUUGAGCCCAUGAGGGAGACCAGCCUAAAUGGUACAACAUUUACUGUGCGCAAAACUGCUUAUUGUGGGGCACAUUCUCCUCCUGGCACUGUGAAGAAAGGGCGUACAGUUACUGUUCAUGAAGGAGAGGAGGACAUUGUAAAGAAUGAGGCAGUGGAUGAGAGCACUCCCAAAAAUAAGAACAAAGUAAAGUUGAAACAGAAGAUAAAGAGGGAAAGUUGUUCUUCUGCACCUCUGUUGAUGGUCACACAGAUCCCCUCUUACCGGCUGAAUAAAAUCUGCAGUGGACUCUCCUUCCAGAGAAAGAAUCAGUUUAUGCAGAGGCUUCACAACUACUGGCUGUUAAAGCGUCAGUCAAGAAAUGGUGUGCCACUGAUACGGCGGCUGCACUCUCACUUACAGUCCCAAAGAAAUGCAGAACAGAAAGAGCAGGAUGAGAAGACCAGUGCAGUGAAAGAAGAACUGAAAUACUGGCAAAAACUGCGACAUGACUUAGAAAGGGCACGCCUCCUCAUUGAAUUAAUUCGUAAACGUGAGAAACUCAAACGUGAGCAGGUAAAAGUUCAGCAAGCUGCUAUGGAGCUACAACUCACACCUUUCAAUGUGCUGCUGCGAACAACACUGGAUCUACUGCAGGAAAAGGACCCAGCCCAGAUCUUCGCAGAGCCUGUAAAUCUAAGUGAGGUUCCAGAUUACCUGGAAUUCAUUUCCAAGCCAAUGGAUUUUGCUACCAUGAGGCGGAAGCUGGAGUCCCACCAAUACCGAACACUGGAUGAGUUUGAGGAGGACUUUAACCUUAUUCUUACCAACUGCAUGAGAUAUAAUUCUAAAGACACAGUUUUCCAUCGAGCAGCUAUCCGGCUCAGAGACCUUGGAGGGGCAAUAUUACGUCAUGCUCGGCGGCAAGCUGAAACUAUUGGCUUUGACCCCCAAGUGGGGGUUCACUUGCCAGAAUCACCAAAGACAGAAGAUUUUUAUCGUUUUUCUUGGGAAGAUGUCGAUAACCUUCUUCUUCCUGAAAACCGGGCUCAUCUUUCCUUGGAGGUGCAGCUGAAAGAGCUCCUGGAAAAACUGGACAUGGUAAGCAGCAUGCGGUCAAGUGGUGCCCGAACCCGCCGUAUCCGCCUCUUGAGACGUGAAAUCAACUCCAUCCGGCAAAAGCUGGCCCAGCAACAGAACAAAACCAUGCCAAAUGGAGAGCCAGCUCCUUGGGAGGAAGGAGUCGAGAAAAUGCUACAUGGAGAAGAGGAUGAAGAUAGGGAGAAAGCAGAUGACACCAAGCCCCCACUUCCCCCCACUCUGGAGCCCACAGGACCUGCACCCUCCCUAUCGGAGCUGGACUCUCUGCAGGACCCUCCAACUCUCAAACCCAUUAGCGAAAGCAAGUCCUUGAAAAGACUACAUAGACGUCUGAAGUCCGAGGGUGAGCUCUUUGAUAAGAAGACGUUGCAGAGGGAGAGCCACGCCUUCCAGCGCUUGCUCAGCGACAACGGCUUGAACGGAUUGGCCCUUCAGGCCACAGGCACUUCUGCCAGCCCCCCGUUUAGUGGAGUGGGCAGGCGGACUUCUGUCCUUUUUAAAAAAGCCAAGAACGGGGUGAAACUGCAAAGAGGUCUGGACUGCCCCCUUGAGAAUGGAGAAAACCACAGCCAGAGUGGGGAGCUCUCCCCCUCCAGCAUAGAGGGCAAGCGGUCAUCCCGGAAACGGCCAAAGAGUGGGAGCUGCAGCGAGAGCGAUGGCGAGAAAUCCCCCAGGCAGGCAGGAGUGACAGCAGCAGUGACCAAUGGCUUCAGGAAGCAUACAGAAAGUGGUUCUGAUUCAGAGUGUGGUUCUGGCCGUGGUAGUGGUCUCCCAUUUGGCAUUUGUAGUGGUGUGACUCCACACAAAAGGAGCCGAGGAAAACCUGCUCUUGCACGGGUUCCUUUUUUAGAUGGCGUAAAUGGAGACUCAGAAUAUAGCAACUCAGGUAGAAAUCUAUUGAUGCCAUUUGAGGAGCAGACUGAAUUAGAACCGCUGGAGCUUGUUUGGGCAAAGUGUCGUGGCUACCCUUCUUACCCAGCCUUGAUCAUUGAUCCUGAGAUGCCACGAGAGGGCCUCCUUCACAAUGGAGUCCCAAUCCCAGUCCCUCCUUUGGAGGUGUUGAAGUUAGGGGAGCAGAGACAAGCAGAGGUUGGAGAAAAGCUUUUCCUUGUCCUUUUCUUUGACAACAAGAGGACAUGGCAGUGGCUUCCACGAGAAAAAGUUCUUCCCCUUGGAAUAGAUGACACAGUGGAUAAACUAAAGAUGUUGGAAGGACGAAAAACCAGCAUCCGUAAAUCUGUCCAAGUUGCUUAUGACCGGGCCAUGAUCCAUUUGAGUCGAGUUCGGGGAGACCAUCCUUUUGUUACACCAAAUUAUCUGUAGGGACUGAACAAGCCUUCUCUGCCCUUCCUGCUUACUCUGGAAAUAAUGCCUGCAUUUAAAGGCACAGUGGGUCUUGGUGUACACUGAACAGUAGGGGAUUCUUCCCUGCUUGAAGGAAGGUGUGAUUGCUAUGCUUGUUUGUGUUCAUAACAAAGAUGCACUAUUCCUAGUGAAGAGAAAAGCUCCUGAAAAGUUCAUGAUAUGUGCCAAAAAGCCUGCCUGGGUUCUUUCUGAAAACAUUUCUCUCAAAAUCCAGGAGAAGAAGCAGCGAUGUCAUGGUCUGACUAGUAAGAGGAUGUCAUGAGCAGCUGCAGUGUAGUGUGAUGGCAGAAUCUUAGAUCUGAUAAAUUAAGCUCAUUUGCUGAGUGGAGUAGAAGCCCCACAAGUCUCUUUCUGUUUCCAGUGUUCAGCUAGUCUUGGAGAAGUCUUUGGAGCCUAGCACUAGUAUAAAUAACGUGGCCUCCUUUUAAUGACUCUUGUGUGCCAAAUUUAGAGUAAUAUUCAUCACACUUUUUCAUCUUAUUUUUAAAAGCACAGGUUUGCCCCACUGCAUUUAUACAUUUACUGCCUAAUCAAGAAAUCCCAUGCUGAAGUUUAUAUAUGUUUUUGUGUUAGAAUCUAGGAACAAAACAAAAGAUAAAGGUCAUGUUGAGUUUUACUCUUCACCUCAUGCACACGUACAUGUACAGAAUUUUAUAUAUGAAGAAAAAAUCACUUGCAAAAUGUUCUGUCUAAAUCCGUUUAUGAAGUAGUUUUUAAAUUUCAACUGCAGCUUUGGGUUAAUAGAUUAUUUUUAAAAAUCUUUUGGAAAGCACCUAACCAGCCUGGAUCACUGCUGUUAAAUUACAAAGGAUUGUUAGGACAGGGGAAAAAGAUUUCUGAAAGCAUUUGUCGCUACCAUCUCAAACGAGGGACAUAUGUUCAGAGUAUGAGCUGCCUCUUUACAGCAGCAUCACCCUGACCCAUAAAUCUGCAUGAUUACUAGAUGUUGAAGAACUUCUCGCCUGCCUGUGGAGAAGGGGGCAAGCUAAAUGUGGAAACCUUUUCCUUGUGCAUCCUGCCCCUUCAGAUGGACUGGAGUCACCUGGUUGUAUGUGUAGAGCUUUCUAUAGCAUGAAGUGUGCUAUAUGUGUUUUCAUAGAAUGCCAUAUGUGUAUUGAAGAAUGCAGCUUUGGAUCAGAGCAUCUGUGUCAAGGCACAAUCAACCUUUACUCUGAAAAUUUGCUCCAUCAUGUUUUUGGUUGAAUUGGAAUUCUUGCUGACUAGAAUGCACUGGAGUUUCACCUUUUGCAUUCCCAUAAAGGUUUCAUCAUUUGCUUUCUGCUGCAUGAGCCUCCAUUACUAGCUAUAAAACAUUAUUCUUCAGAGAAUCCAGUUUUUUAAAGUGUGUGCUGGAAAAACAGAGAGAGCUGAAGUUUGCAAGCUGAAAAACAUUUCAUAUUUGAAUUUUGAUUCAUGUAUAUUUUUUUCUUUUUUGUUUUAAGCAUUGUAAACCAAAGGUGCAGAGCAAGAUUGUAACAUGAAGAGAUUAUUACUUUUUUUUCUUUUUAACUCAAUUUUUUAUUAUUUUAUUUUUUCAUACUAAAGAGAUUGUGGAACAAAAUGUUAAUAGGGAAAAUCACUGCCAUUUCUAUGUGGUAUCCUUUGUUUCCCAGAAAAGGGCCACAUAUUAUAUAUUAAGAGAUAAAACCACACUUUAUAGAAAAUAUCUGUAACAUGAAGAGCAUGAAUGGGAUUUUUUUUAAAAAACAAACAAAAACAAAUUAUGCCUAAAGCUUGUGGCUAUGGAAGGAACUUGUGUACAUAGUUGUAAAAUACCAUUCUAAAUUAUUUAGGCCAAUUGUUACCAUUCUUGGAAGUCCUCAGUUAUGUUGCUGGGUCUUUUGUAUGCACACAGUGUAAUUAAUUUAAAGCAACAUACACUUUUCCCAGGUUGUAGCUCAGCUGUGGACUUGUGACCUAUGUAUAACUGUUUUAAGAACUUCCAUUUUACUUGUUUUCAUUUUUUAAAAGUUACAUUUUAAGGAUUUGGAUUGGCUAAUAUCCUGCUGUUGCUAUGGGACCUAAACGUGACUUGUCAGUCUGCUGUAAAGCACAGAUGGCUCUAUUUAUUGUAGAAAGUGAGUUUAUUUGCUUUCUAGAACUGUUUAUAUCAGAUGGUAUAAGAGGUAAUAAAAUUCUAUGCUUGUAAAGAAGAAAAAUGAUAAUUUUACCUACUAUAAUCUGACUGUCUGAAACUAUAUUUUCUCUCUGAGAAAUAAAUGUUCUAAUGUAA